ACCUGAGUCCGAAUCCAAUUCCAGUUCCAGCAUCCCCACGGAAUAAUAAAUGCUAUUGUUUAUUUGACUUGUUGAGUGCAUGUGCUUGUCCGGUGGCUUCGGGUUCCAAUCGAAGCCCGAAUUAAAGAUACCAUGAUUUUAUGGACCUGUUUCGUUAAAGUGUAUUAUGAUUGUGCAUUAAUAAUUUAGGCCCACAAUUCCACGCACACACACACUUACAGACGUAUAAAAGAUACAAGUGAUGCGCGCUGCUCGAGAGUGAAAAUUUUUAACUGCGCAAACGCAAACGCGUUUCCCCACCUAGAACCAGUUGAGAAACCCAGAAGAAAGCAGCCCACAUCGAUGACGCUGCUCAAAUCCUCGCUGCUACUCUUCUCGCUGCUAACGUCGCGGCUCGAAGCAAUUCCGGUUUUGGACAAGACCCCCGCCCAUUCUGCACAAUCCGCGCAUCCUUCGCCUGGCGUGCGAAUUCUUCGCGCACCCGAAUCUCUGGUGGCGCCCCUGGGAGAUGAGGUGGUGCUGGAGUGCGAGACCAGUUUGCAGCCAGAGCGAUUCGAGUGGAGCCACCGAGGCAGCAAAUCAACCGGCGCCGGGUUCAAGUACCUCCGGACUGGCACCGCCAAGGCCAAUGUCUCCCAGGAAGCGGCGAUCUCACGGCUUAGGGUGCUCGUCCGCCAGGACACAUUGGGCGAGUACCGGUGCAUUGGUUGGUUCGGGCCCCUAGUGGUUACCUCAACCACAGCUCGCCUGGAGCUGGCCAGCUCUAGCGUAGUGAGUGGCUCCAAGUUCGAAUCAGACCUCCAGUGGCGCGUGGCUGCCGGAAACACGGUGCUAUGGCCCUGCGGGCAGAAUGUGCAAUCGAAUCCAGCCGCCAGUUGGUCAUACUUCCGGAACGGAGUGGAAAUCAAGGCUGAAUUCGAGGGAUCUAAUGGAAAUCUCUUCCUGAGCAAUGUAUCCACCGAAUCCUCAGGCAUCUACACAUGCCAAGCGACAAACCCAGCCUCGGGUGAGAGAAUCCAGCUAGACAGUUCACUGCAACUGCAGGUUACGACAGACCAAAGGUCGCAGAGUAAAUGGCCUCACUUGUUGAAAGGACAACCCAACUCACAGGUAGUCACCAGUCGGGAAGGAAGCUCGUUGCUGCUGAUGUGUCCUGGAGUUGGGUCACCACCACCUACUGUUGUCUGGAGCAGUCCUGAUGUCGAGGGAGCAGUUAAAAAUAGGCGCUCUAAAGUAAUUGGCCAUACUCUGGAGAUAACUAAUGUACAAGUUCAGGAUGCAGGCACCUAUAUCUGCUUUCAGGACAAUGGAGUUCGACCUGCGCUAGAGCACUACAUAAAGCUGCGCGUGGAGCAGCCACCUAGGAUUGUUCGUCCACCUUGGGCAAAUCUCACCAACGAGGGUGAACACUUACGGUUAGAAUGCGAGGCCACCGGAGUGCCCAAACCAGAGAUCUACUGGCUGCUCAACGGACACAGCAGCACUGGUGACACGGAGGCUGAGCUAUCCAACAAUUUUCUAACACUUCACAAAGUUCUGAAGCGACACGCCGGCUACGUUCAGUGCUUUGCCCGCAACAGUCUGGGCGAGCAAAGUGCGAGUACCCUACUGGAGGUUAAUCCCAAGCAGAUUCAAGAACCCCGUGAAUCGGGGGGAACCCACCGACCGAAGCCCAACCAGGGCUCGAAGCAGAAGCAGAUGUUUCCACCGUCUCCCCCAAAUGUAACGCGACUCACCGACGAAUCCGUGAUGCUCCGCUGGAUGGUACCCCGCAACGAUGGAUGGCCCAUCGUCAUCUUUAAGGUUCAAUACCGCAUGGUUGGAAAGCGCAAGAGCUGGCAAACCACCAACGAUAAUAUACCCUACGGAAAACCGAAAUGGAACUCGGAGCUGGGCAAGAGCUUUACGGCCUCAGUGACGGACUUGAAGCCCCAGCACACCUACCGUUUCCGCAUCCUGGCCGUUUACUCCAACAACGACAACAAGGAAAGCAAUACCUCGGCUAAGUUUUACCUGCAGCCGGGGGCAGCACUGGAUCCGAUGCCGGUUCCGGAGCUGCUGGAGAUCGAGGAGUAUUCGGAGACGGCCGUGGUGUUGCAUUGGAGCUUGGCCAGCGAUGCGGACGAGCGACUGAUUACCGGCUACUACGCCUACUAUCGGCCCUCGUCAUCAGCGGGCGAGUAUUUCAAGGCCACCAUUGAGGGAGCGCAGGCAAGGAGUUUUAAAAUCGCCCCUCUAGAAACAGCCACCAUCUACGAGUUCAAGUUGCAGUCCUUCAGCGCCGUCUCCGCCUCCGAGUUUAGUGCCCUUAAGCAGGGACGAACCCAGCGCCCCAAAACCAGCACUACGGAGGAGCCAACCCUGCAGAUGGGCGACCGAGACACGACUACUCCCAGUCACAACGAGACGUUUAGCAUGAGUCCCAUGCUGACUGGGACCAUUGGCGGCGGAGCAGUGCUUAUCCUUCUCUUGGUCAGCACUUGCUUGUGCGUUUGUCGGCGCAGAAGUUCCCGGGGAAGGGGAAACAAUCAAAACAAGCCGCGAAUGGCGGAGAUUCGUGAGGAUUUUGUGCCACUGGGAAACUGUUCGCCCACCAAGCAGCGCCAGCGAACCCGGCACAUACACAUCACCCUGAAUCCGCUGGCCCAGCAGCAGCAGCAGGCGAUGGAGGACAAGAACGACACCGACCAGGACACGGCUUACUAUCAGCGGCCAACCAGCUACGACUACGAUCCCGGCUUGCGGCGAAUGUCUUCCUCCUCGCUGCGCCGCUCACAACGCACGCUGGAACGUGCUGGCGGCAGUAAUGGCACCAACAACGGCAACAAUAAUAAUCUCAACCAAUCCGUUGAGGCGGGUCCAGUUGAAAAUGUUGGAAAGCCGAGUCGUGUACUCAUAAAGCGUCCGCGGUUGUCCAGCCGCUCCGAGAAUCUCUCUUCCGGCAGCCUUAACAGCGUUGGCGUGUAAUCGCAAUCUCGUGAUCUUUAGUCUGUACAUCCCUACGCCCGAUGUAUUAUGCUAUUCCUCUACCUCUGUUUUAUCUACCACUUUGAAUGACAAAACCUUUGCUGUUUGUACUUACGUACAUGUAUAUGUACGACUACGACGUAAAGUUAGGGUACUUAAAUAGACAUUACUAGAUUUAUGCAUGCAUGAUCGUUUAAAAGUAAGCAUUAUGUCCAUUCGAUUAUAAGUCUUCCAUGUUUCGCGAUAAGAUCAAAAUCUGUACUGAUAGCUUCUUAAUUACCUUUGAAAAUGACAAUAAAGCUUGUGGCUUCAACUUUUAACUUUA